AUGGAUUCCAUUUCCAGAGAAUCACCAACCCCGCCUGGGGGCAGCGCUCGCCCCAAGAACUCGCGCGAUGUCCUCGCCCGAUCGUCGUCAUCGUCCAUGAACAACAACAGUAAUAACAGUGCCAACAACAACAACAACAACGGCAAUAACAACACGCAGCCUUCUGCUAGCAUGGCCUCUAGCUCCAGAGCGACGCGUGCGAAUACGCCCACGGCCAGCCGCUCCGCCUCAAAACUGGUCGACGACGCCAAACAGCGGCCUGCCAGCAGAGACAGCCUCAAGGCCAAGAUGCUGAAGAAAGACGAGAUGCCUCAGCCAAGCAAAUCAGAGACUCAACUCAAGGCGCUGAAGACGGACUUUGACAGCCUCCGCUCACAUCUCACGUGCAAAAUAUGUGACCGCCUGCUCUACCAGCCCUACACCAUAUCUUGUGGCCACACCUACUGCUACACUUGUCUCUGUACCUGGUUUGUUAGCAACAAGGCUCGCAAGACAUGUCCCGACUGCCGCAUCGUUGUCAAGGAACUACCCGCUCCCGCCUACGUGAUUCGAGAAAUGACCGGCAUCUUCAUUGCCCGAGCCGAACUACUACCACCUGGAGAGACCAUCGAAGAACACAAGAAAUGGCAGAAAGACGAGACCGACGCCGUACAACUGGACAAGGACAAUACCGACGCACGUGAUGGCGGUCUGUUCAAGGGCUGCUUCAAACCGCACCCACUCCACGGACGAGGGCCGUCGCUCCAGGUCGUGCGAGAUCAAGAAGACGGUGUGGACCGAUGUCCAGUGUGCACGUGGGAACUUGAACAUGGUGGGUGCACACAAUGUGGGCUGAUCUUUGACGAGACUGGCGAGGUCUCAUGGGGCGAUAGCUUCACGGGCUUCAGUGACAUGGACGAAAUGUCAGAACACGACACGGAAGGUCUCGAUGCAAUGGACAUGUUGGAGGCUGGUUAUGAUGAUGGCUACGACGAAGCCUACGACGAAGCCAUGGACGGCUGGGGCGCAUAUCCUCCCGAUCAGAACUCAUUCAUGAUGCGUCGUUUCCUGGAAGGCGCCAUGCCCGGAACUGCAGCCUUUGCACGACGAAGACCCAUGACGCACAGCGAGGCAGGAAGCAGACACUCAUAUUCGCAGAGCGUCAUGUCAGACAUCUACGGCGACGAGAUGGACACACUGCAAGAAGAGGACGAGGAAGAGGAGGAGGACUCCUCUAUGAACGACUUUAUUGAUGAUGAUGAGGUCACAGCCUCCAGCUCAGCAAGUGCAGAAUCGUCACCGCCUGGUCCAGCUCCUCAACCUUCCAGCCAACGGGCACGCACAACGAAUAGGGCUCGUCGCGUAGUAGAGUCUGAAACUUCAUCAACUAUUUCCAGUGUUAUAGAGGAGGAAGAAGAAGAUGAAGAAGACCAAGGUCCAAUCCGCAGAGGUCUUAGGAACGCCUCCCAAACACAAAUUCUGAAUAGAGCAAAUGGUUCUAGAUCAUCACAUGGAGCCUCAUCAAUGGCAUCAACAGAAGCUUCUACCGAAGACCUCGACGAGGACGAGCAGUCUUUAUUGCGGGAAGAGGGGUGGAUGAGACAAAGGGACGAUGAUGAAAUGGGUGAAGAGGAUGAAGACGAUAGUGAUGGAGGAAGAACGACCGUUGGGUGGGAGCCGCUCGCGAAUUCAAAUGACAGAAGCCGAAUGGGCGGUUCUCUAACACCUACUGCAGAUCAUCCUCGGCCUAGCGCCCCAAUCCGCCCGCCUUCGCGUACCGGCAACGUUCGAGUAAUCAAUGCCUCGCGUGGUCUCCGACGGAGAUCGUCCGUUCUCUCAUCAGCAACUGCCAACUACGAAGAUGGUGAGGCCGAUGAUGACGACUCCGACCAGGACGGCGACCUCGACAUGGCUAUGAAUGCCCUUCGAACGCGCCGAUCGCAAGCCCAAUUGCGAAGUGCUGCUUUCCCAAAUUCAGCUGCGCGCUUCACGAAUGCGGGAUCCGGACAGGCUGGCGCAGCGAACGAGCAUGAUACAGACGAGAACUCAGACAACUCACAGGCUGGCCGCCGCAGGCGAAACCCCCGUGCUCAGCAUCGAGAGUAUGACCCACGCAUAAGCUGGAUGUUUGCUGCUCACCAGCAAGCACUUCAACAGCACCACAUGCAAGAUGUCCUCAUCGAUGUUGAGUCACGGUCCAUCACUCCGUUGGCUCGCCCUAGGACACGCAACCGCAAUCGAACCAGUCCAGCACAGAAUUUCUCACCCUUCAUGGCCCCAGCCCGUCUACGUACCCCUCACAUGGAAGACAAUCAAGCUAUCCGGCCAGGUUCGCGAGGACCUUUGUCCCCGCCCAGGCGAACCGCCAUGUCUCCAGCCCAGUUUGCGGUAAUAUCUACUGGGAACCCUAGCAGAUUUGACCGUGCACCGUCCGUAGGCUCGAACAGUAAUACUUCGACGGCCUUGCCUUCCGGCGGUUCGGCAACACCCUCUCAACAUUCUAUUGAUGACAUAGCGCAAGUUCAAGCUUCCGCGGCCCUGGAUAUGAUUGAUCGCCCACAAAGCCGAGUUGGGGGCCCUCGUCCGCCAUCUGCAAACAGUCGCCGUAACUCUGCCGGUUUCUCGCCCGUAAACGCGGCCUUUCCUCAUGCUGCCAUGGGCCUCCACGUCCAAGGAUCAGCCCUGCCACCGUUCCAACCGCGUGGUGGAAAUCCUUGGGCAGCAUACGUUCAGGCACGCAAUUUACGGAGUCGCCACUCGCGGCAGGUCCUUCGGGAACAGUCCUCUGUCGCUACUCUCAGGCCUGCAAGCUCCCGGCUCAACCUCCGAGACGCCGCCAACCCGCCUCAGAACAUGCGACCACAAGUGUCACGCAUGAACUUGCGCCCACAGCCAUCUAGACGACAGCUUAAUAAUCAAUCGUCGACACGAACACUGCGUGCGAGUGAGCAUGCUAGGCCACCACCAUCGCCAGCUCAGGAGGCCGAAACACAGAAUCAACCCCCUCUUCGGCCCUUGCGACAAACCACACUGACCCCUGACGAACGAGACACACGGGCGCGUGAACUUGUCGAGACACGCAGACGCGCUAUUGUACCACCCGUCAACGCACCAGCGCGUACCAACCCAUUCACGCAAGGUUUCCAACGCCCUGGCAACCCCAUCGCCUCUACGAUUAUUCAACAGCCUCCCACUAAUCAGCACGUGCGAAGCAACUCGAAUGAAUCGAUGCAGUCUGCCAAUUCAGCAGGUACCACACAAGGCACAUCAACAUCUCCAGCACUAGGUCGACGAAGGAGCAACCGUAAUCUGACGAAUGCAACACCACAUGGAGCUACACUACCGACGCAAGGACAGCAGUAUGCACAACCGCCUGCCGCCUACACGAACAGCUAUUUCCGCCAGCGACAGGGACAAAUGGCCAACUCGCCGGGCGUAUAUGAGGGACCACUGAACAAUAACACGAGGAAUAUGAAUCCAAUGAUGGCGGGGCCGCUGAUCUAA